UACUGCCACACAGAGACAGACCCGCCCCGCCCCGCACGCGUCGGCAGGCACGGCCGGUCCAUGUAGCGCGCGCCCGGACAGGCACGGAGCACCCGCAACCGCGGCUUGUCUCGGGAGCGCGAGGGGCGAGAUGGGGGCGGAGGCCGGCGAGCCCAGCUCCAUCCUCAGCUUAGCUGCUGCCUUUUCCUAUGGAGUCGCAUCUAUGGCAAUGGUUUUCGUGAACAAAGCAGUUCUUAUGCAGUAUGUCCACUCCAUGACCCUCCUCACUUUACAGCAAAUAGCGACGGCACUUCUGAUACAUUUUGGUCAAGUUCUAGGGAUGUCUAAAAGAAAAGACUUCAGCUUGGUAACCGCGAAGAAGCUUCUUCCAGUGUCAAUUUUCUACAAUGCAAAUGUGGGAUUUGCUCUGGCAAGCUUGAAAGGGGUUAACAUCCCAAUGUAUAUUGCAAUCAAGAGGAUCACUCCUCUUGCUGUGCUGGUGGCUGGGUGCAUGAGGGGAAAGGGGAAGCCACCAACACAGGUCAUUCUUUCAGUUAUCUGCACUGCCACUGGUGUCCUCAUUGCAGCACUUGGAGAUUUUUCCUUUGACCUAUAUGGAUACUGCAUGGCUCUAACAUCAGUCUUCUUCCAGACUAUGUAUUUGAUUCUGGUGGAGAAAUCAGGUGCUGAGGAUGGUCUUUCCUCAGUGGACUUAAUGUUUUACAACAGCAUAUUGUCACUUCCAUUUCUGUUUUUCCUCAUUAUAGCAACAGGAGAAUUCCCCCAUUCUCUUACAGUAUUAUCUGCAAAGGCAGACUCUCUGACAUUCAGUGUUAUUCUUGCUAUCUCACUGGUGAUGGGAAUCGUUCUCAAUUUCACUAUGUUCUGGUGCACAAUUGUGAAUUCUGCUCUGACUACAACAAUAGUAGGAGUUCUCAAGGGUGUCGGAUCUACGACCCUCGGUUUCGUUCUGUUGGGAGGUGUCGAAGUGCACGCCCUGAAUAUUACUGGACUGGUGAUCAACACAUUUGGCGGUGUAUGGUACUCUUAUGCCAAGUAUAAGCAGAAAAAGAAAACCCCACGGAAAAUUCAACAUGAUGUAGAGUCGCAUGCCCACAAGUAGCAUCAGAUUAACUAGUUUUUGUAGUUAUACUUCAUUCUUUGAUCAGAUAAUAACUGAAUGCUUUUUCUGAACUCUAUUCCACCACCAGUAACAAGGUUGGUGCACUUAAGGGAAGCAACGAGAUCUCCCUAUUUCUCAUCUUAUAGUUGUACUAUCAGUGCUAUAGGGAGUAAAAGUCAGUUAUUUUGCCACUCCUGAGUCCUGUGUGCAAUGCGGCACUUUUGCCCCCCAAAGAAUGCAGUUGUUUAAAGAGAGAAAUCCAUGGGCUGGAUGAGGUGAUUGCCGUUACUGAAUGAAAUGCUAAAAACUUGGUAUCA